CUGCACAUUCACAUUCUGAGUGUUUCAAACUGGAGUCUCACGAGAGUCAGAGUAGAGUUCAAACUUUGAGCCAUGCACUUCUGCCAUGACAUGGUUUUUAGAGACUUGCAGUGAGAGAGGAAAAUCUGAUGCUCAGGACAUGGGACCAAACUAACCCUGGAUGAAAAAUCUGUCUUUUUCUCUAUUUGCACUCUGAAUUUCUUCUCUGUUGGAGGACUACAGGGCUGAUCAAGCUGUAGACCUGAUACAGCUGCACUUGAAGUCAUGGUCCCCUCACUGCACUGGCUCCUUCUGCUGUGGGGACUUCAGGGUCUUUGUGCACAGGACUAUGAGGAAGACUAUGAGGAGGAGGUGGUGUCCACCAGUAAGAAGAACAAACUGUAUCCCUCUAAUUCCAUACCCAAAAAUGACAAAUCACUCAUUGAUGAAGACUGCAGCUUGGAGCUGGCCUUCCUCAUCGACAGCUCAGAGAGCGCCAAGGACAACCAUGCCCAGGAGAAGACCUUCGUCCUAGACGUCGUGGACAGGCUGCAGGGCCUCCGCCUGCAGACGGGCCAGGGGCUCAGCUACCGCGCCGCUCUCCUUCAGUACAGCAGCCAUGUCAUCAUAGAGCAGACCUUCAAACAGUGGAAGGGCACCGACAACUUCAAGGCCCAGGCCGCUACACUCGCGUACAUCGGCCAUGGCACGUACACCACCUACGCCAUCACCAACCUCACCCGCAUCUACCUGGAGGAGUCGGAGCCCAGCACCAUCAAGGUGGCCGUUCUGCUCUUCGACGGCAUCUCACACCCCAGGAACCCGGACAUAUUCUCAGCUGUGGCUGAUGCCAAGAACCAGGGCGUCCGCUUCUUCACCAUAGGCAUCACGCCCGAAGCCAACGAGCCGACCAACAUAGCGCAGUUGCGCCUGAUCGCUAGCCCCCCAGCCAACCGCUACCUCCACAACCUGCAGGACCGGGGCAUCGUGGAAAAAGUCAUCAAGGAAAUUACGGCCCUGGCAGAUGAAGGGUGUCCUUUGGCCCAGAGCCAGUGUGUGUGUGACAAGGGUGAGAGGGGACCCAGCGGCCCUCCUGGCAAGAAGGGCCGUCCUGGAGAAGAUGGAAGCCCCGGCCUAAAAGGCCAGAAGGGUGAAAGUGGACUGAGUGGACUUCCAGGUCGAGAAGGAGCAGAGGGAAAACCGGGAUACAAAGGAGAGAAGGGAGAGAGGGGGGAGUGUGGCACACCUGGAAUAAAGGGAGACAGAGGUCCUGAAGGUACUACUGGUCCCAGUGGAAAUCGUGGACUUCAGGGUUUGCCUGGUCCACCGGGUGAUAUCGGACCUGAAGGGAUGAUGGGUAAAAAAGGAGAGAGGGGACUUCCCGGGCCACCUGGAAUCCAAGGGGAAACAGGGAUCGGCCUUCCAGGACCCAAGGGUGAUGUUGGUUUCCAGGGGCAACCGGGGCCUCUCGGUCCUCCGGGAGUUGGCGAGCCUGGAUUGCCAGGGCCCCAAGGACCACAGGGAGUCCAAGGAGAGAGAGGACCGAUCGGAGAAGGUCUUCCUGGACCAAAGGGAGAGCGGGGCUUGGAGGGGCCGCGGGGGCUCAGAGGACAGCCAGGCGCUGGAAUCAAAGGAGACAAGGGGGAUUUUGGACCUCCGGGUCUUCCAGGGCCCCUCGGCCUCCCAGGAUUAGGAAUACAGGGAGAGAAGGGUGUAGAAGGACCAAGGGGGCCACCAGGAGGCAGAGGCCCACCAGGAGAAGGCUUGACCGGACCUAAGGGAGACCAAGGACUGCCUGGUGAGAUUGGUGCCCCAGGAGAGAGAGGAGCUGGAGAGCCUGGUGCUAAAGGUGAGCCGGGAUCACCAGGCAUGUCAGGUUUGCCAGGGCUGCCAGGAGAGGAUGGAGCCCCUGGACAGAAGGGUGAACUGGGGGCUGUAGGUCUAAGGGGGCCAGAGGGGGCAGCUGGAAUUGGUACCCAGGGUGAAAAAGGUGACCAAGGCCAAAGAGGAAUAAGAGGGCUGACUGGGCCACCUGGCAUCGCUGGGCCUUCUGGACCAAAGGGAGAACCUGGGACACAAGGCAGAUCAGGUCCUCCAGGUCCACCAGGUCGUUUCAUGGUGGGACCCAAGGGUGAUGCUGGUCCAAAUGGUCCUCCUGGUCCAGUCGGGGAGACGGGCUACGGACUUCCUGGUCCAAAGGGCGACCGAGGAGACCCAGGCCCCGCAGGCCCAUUUGGUCCCAAAGGAGAUGGAUACCCUGGUCCCACGGGCCUUCCUGGUUUGCCUGGACUUCCGGGAGAACCUGGCCAAGAAGGACUGGGCAUCCCCGGACCAAAGGGAGAUAUUGGUUUCCGAGGCUUACCUGGUUUACCAGGACCCCCGGGCGAAGGCCUCCAAGGACCCCCGGGGAAUCCUGGACGACCGGGCCCGCCAGGACCAAGUGGGCCACAAGGACAAGGAGUCCAAGGACCGAAGGGAGAGCAGGGGGCCCAGGGGGUCACGGGGCCCAGGGGGGUUCCUGGAGAAGGAUUUCCUGGAGCCAAAGGGGAUCGAGGCUCGGCGGGGGAGAGGGGGAUGAAGGGAUUUAAAGGAGACAUGGGAGACCCCGGAAUCCCAGGACAGUCUGGCAAACCUGGUGUCAAAGGUGAAGCUGGCCUCACUAGAGAGGACAUUAUUCGAAUGAUCAAAGAGAUCUGCGGAUGCGGGAUCCGGUGCAAGGAGAGGCCCAUGGAGCUGGUGUUCGUCAUUGACAGCUCAGAGAGCGUGGGCCCCGAGAACUUCGAGAUCAUCAAGGACUUCGUCAACGCGCUGGUGGACCGGGUCACGGUGGGCCGCAACGCCACCAGGAUCGGCCUGGUGCUGUACAGCCUGGAGGUGCGGCUGGUGUUCAACCUGGCGCGCUACGCCACCAGGCAGGACAUCAAGCAGGCCAUCAGGAACAUCCCCUACAUGGGCGAGGGCACGCACACGGGCACGGCCAUACGCAAGGCCACGCACGAGGCCUUCUACAGCUCGCGCGCGGGCGUCAGCAAGGUGGCCAUCGUCAUCACGGACGGGCAGACGGACAAGCGGGAGCCCGUGAAGCUGGACAUCGCCGUGCGAGAGGCUCACGCUGCCAACAUCGAGAUGUUCGCUCUGGGGAUCGUCAACACGUCGGACCCGACGCAGACGGAGUUCCUGAGAGAGCUCAACCUGAUCGCCUCCGACCCCGACAGCGAGCACAUGUUCCUCAUUGAUGACUUCAACACUCUGCCAGCCCUGGAGUCCAAGCUGGUCAGUCAGUUCUGUGAGGACGAGAACGGAGACCUGAUAUAUAACAGAAUAACUAACGGGAACAACGGCCACAGGAAUGGCUUCAACGGGAACUCGGCUCUCGGGGGCCUCGGGUACCGGCCUCUGACGGACAAAGCGCUGCACAACCAGCAGACCGGCACCAGCACCUCCGGUCAAGGAGGACGGGUGGAGACCACCCAGCACGGAGCCAAAGGAUCCGGCACAGCGCACGGAGGACGCGCUGACACAGCAAACAGAGGAGCUGAACGCGGGGACACGUUCAACCGCGUCACGUCGCACGCAACGGCUGCCCCUCUUCCUAGAGAGGAGUCCUCCCGCGGCCGAGGGUCCUCCUCGUCUUCAUCAUCAUCAUCAUCAUCAUCAUCAUCAUCGUCGUCGUCGUCAUCGUCGGCGUCUUCUACAAAUAUAACAGUGCUCUCCUCAGGUGUAUCUGUGUCCAAUGUGCCUGCACUGAGGCCGGCUCUUCCCAAAGAGUCCGCCCCGUUGGACCCGCGCUGCGCGCUGGUCCUGGACCAGGGCACGUGUCGGGACUACAGCAUCCGCUGGUACUACGACAAGCAGGCCAACGCCUGCGCGCAGUUCUGGUACGGCGGCUGCAACGGCAACAGGAACCGCUUCGACACGGAGGCGGAGUGCCGGAGGACGUGCGUGCUCGCCAGACCCGCGGGACGCUGAGUGGAGUCGUCUGCCCGACAUCUGUUGUGGAUCCUCCACAGGAGAGGCAGCUAAUCGCCAUCACUUUUAGCUUGAAUCUCAGGCACCACUGCUCCUCACGUUAUGCUUUUUCUGCCCUCCCCUAAGAACACCUUUGUCUAAUUGUCGUAAAAGGAGCCAGGUUUGAUAAAUACCUCCAGUGUUUUUUACAUUAGCAUUCAGAUACUGGGCCACCUUUACUCAGGAAUACAGAUGAGUGUGGGUCCACUUCUCCAAUCAUUCCAAUAGCCACUGGAGGGAUUUUUUCACACACGGCCUGUUGAUUUGGGGAAAAGAUUUCCUCAAUAACUCAGGUCACUGCUCACGUCUCUCAGUCAGGAUGCCAUUAAGACAAACUGUACUUUACUCCAGCAGUCGCUGUAACUCUGUCAAUAACACGUGGCAGUGAUGAAACCUCAGUUCACUUAUAUCAAUAAAAUAUAGAUUGUUUUGUUAUUGUAUGAAAAUGACUGAUGCUCUGUAACAUCAUGGACUAAUUGUUCGAAUUUAGGUGUUGUUGUUUUUUUUACAUCUUGUGAAUGAAAUGUGAUUUUUGUGUGUACAUAGUUCCAUUUAGCACUAACCAUUAGAACAGUAACUUAAUAUGGAAAUAGACACACACACACACACACACACACACACACACACACACACACACACACACACACACACACACACACACACACACACACUGCCCUCUACUGCUUAUAACACACCAUGUCUACAUGAGUUUUCCUGCUGUACUUGUUUUGAACUUUCAUACUGUACUGUUUUUACAGAGUCAAAGGUUUUCAAUAAACUGUAUCUAAACCAAUAUGUGUAAAGGAUCACGUCCAUGGGGGCCGUGUUAAUGUGAGUUAAUGGGGCUUGACGUUUUCAUCGCUGUUUUCAUGGUACUUGAUUAAAGGUUAUUCCCCAGA